GGAAGGAAAAACCACCGAUCRUUCCAGGCUGUGAAUGUUCUGCUACGGUACGAGUACGUACCACAGACUUCACUCGCACCCCUUUUUCUUCGCAGCAAACUCACAACGGCACCGGAGGUGAUUUGAUUCUGUACUGGACCGUACAGCUAGAGCACCAUCGAUCCCCUAGUUUCAAAACACGAAAUCACAUCGAUUGCYCGACCGCCUCCGCGCUGMAAUACAAUGAGACCCUUUCCCGACACCAUUGCCACGGCUUCCGUAGCGCCCCUUCUGUUGCUGUUGCUGGUGCAGCAGCUCCCCACCGCGGAAGCCUGCCCGGGCGGCCUGAACAACCCCGAUCCCAUGUCCACCGCCAACGGCCAGCCCUGCUCGUACCAGCAGCAGUGCCUCUACUACGCCGCCACGCCGGUGGUCAACUGCCGGUGCAACGCCUCGACGAGCAACCCCAACGGCAGGUUCGUCUGCAGCCCCCUCGAGUUCUUCGGGCCGACCCCGGCCCAGCCGGUUCCGCCCCCCACCCCGUACCCGACGCUCCCCCCCGUGGCGCCGACCGAUGCCCCGACGGCGGCCCCCRCCACGGGCCCGCCCACCGCCGGUCCCACSKCCSGWCCCACGGCCGGACCCACGGCGAGCCCCACCACCGCCGAUCCCACGGGGGCUCCCACCGCGGGACCCACGAGGGACGCCUCGUGCUCCGCGGUGUCCGCCUGCGCCGGGCUGGUGGGGAACUGCUGCCCCACCGACCAGGGAGAAUUCCUCGGCUGCUGCGACGGCCUGACGUCCCCGCCGUCCGAUCCGCCGGUGGUGGCUCCGACGGAAGCCCCGACGGCGGCCCCGAUGGAAGCCCCGACGGAAGCCCCGACGGAAGCCCCGACGGCGGCCCCGACGAGCGCCCCGACCAAAGCCCCGACGCCCCUUCCCACCCCCCUGCCCACCGAGGAUCCCACCGGGGCACCGGUGGAAGCACCGGUCGUCCCGGCGACGCCCGAGCCGACGCAGAAAGAGGCCACCUCCGAGCCCACGGCCGCCUCCCUGUCCCAGGACAUUGCCGCGCUCAUGGGCAAUCCCUCGGGCGCGGCCCGCAGGGGCUUUGCGACGGCGCUGGGAGCGGCCGCUCUGUGCGCGGCGGCGGUCUUCUAGCGACACUGCUUGGAACCGAUUGGCAAGGGAACGACACACCAACCAUUUCGAGCUACCUACCACCCAAGCGAUGCAAUGCGAUUCACAUUGUUCCGCAUGGACUCGGCCAUUAGUUCCCGCAACGGAACUGUCUGCUCCGCAACCUCCAUGCAUUGGGAAAUCUCCGAGCCCACUCGACGGUCCAAUGGGGGGAGGAGAGGACGAAUGUCCCGGUCUCGGAACAUGCUUCAUAACGAUGAUACAACAAUAGUGCGAUAUAAUACAAUAGAACUAAAAACACAGG